UUUGUUGUGCUUGUGUAGGUUUGUUUAACAUUAUUGUGUAGGCUUUUAAUCAAUUAUUUUAAUGAAUAAGUAUUCGUAACUUAGCUUUAAUUGAUAUCUAUAUAUUUGUAUAUAAAGUAAAGUGAAGUGUUGUGUCUUACAUUGAAAAGAACUGAGGAAAAAACUCAACACCAGCCAUAGAUAUUUUUUAAAGUAUUGCCUAUAUACUUUAAAUUUGCAAAGAAAUAUUAAUCUUGCAAGUGUACAUAGGAGAGGAUUUAUCAUUCUCUGCACACAAAUCUACUUUAUGACCAGUGUACAUUGUAGUCUCCAUCGUAUUCUUCAUUACUGAGAGUCUUGACCUCAUUUCAAAUCAUAUUUCUGGGAGUGGAGUGGUUUCUUAAACCCUCCAGGAUAUCACUAAACUACUGAUGUUUUUCUGUACUCUACAUGGUCCAUGGUCAUGGACUGUUUUAUAUGUAUACUAGCUUUUGCCAGUGACUGUCCACAUGGAUUUGGGUUCUUAAAAAUUCGGUGGGAAUUUUUUGUGAUUCUAGCAAUGUAAUAAUCAGAACUUUUAUGCUAAGAUGGGCUUGAUGUUUCUUGAAAUGCCUUCCUAGAGCCAGUUACUAGAUGAUACUGUAGCCUGCUCACCAUAUUUCAGCAAGAUGGAUAAUUUGACCAGUAAUAUUGACAUAAAUACAAGGCGGCUAAACAGUGCCGCAGCAUUGCCUCCACAGUUUUGCAUGAUAUGCCUAGACACAAGCAAAGACUGCAAACUGUACCCAGUUGACAAAUAUAACUUGGAUAUGGAAUUUGAAAAAUUGACGAGAAUUUCGCUUCAACAAAAGAUGCAGUUUCUACCACAGUUCUGCACCGAGUGUGCUCAGAGACUGAGGAACUGUGGCAAGUUCAGAGACAAGAGUCUGAGGGCCUAUCAUCUGUUAUUGGGAUUGGUUGAAACACAUAAGCCGUUAACAAUACAAACUUUGAACACGAUAGAUAGAAAAAACAACCAACUAGUGUCUAAGAUAGCCAAGAAAGUAUAUCAACCUAACCACUGUGACUUGCACUUGAAAGAUAACAAGGGAAACAAUAAUCCAAAAGACGUUCAUGUUAAAGACGAACAAAAUGAUUCAGUUUCCGAAAACACAGACGCUUUAAAUUGUGAUAUUAAGUGUGAAGUGGAAUCAGUGAAAAAAGAUAUUGAUGACAUUGUAUUCUUGAAAAAUGAUUUUGACAAUGACAUUGAUAUGGUCGAUGACACUGGAAUGGAAGAUGUUAAUGAUGAAGACAAAGAUUCUGAUGUAGAACUCAUGGGUGAUGACGAAAAUGACACUGAUUUGCGCAGUUAUGCCAAUUUUUUAAAUGAAAACACCAAUAAUGAAGUGAAUAAUAAAAAUUCUAGUAACAAUAGAAAAGUUGCAAACAGUCAAAGAACUGGCAAAAAUAAAGAUGCUCUUCAUAAUGAUAACAAAGUUAGUCUGAGUAAUCUUGUUCUGGUUAGAGAUGAACUUGCCAAAUCAAAAACACAAAAUAAUGGGACACCAACAAAUAGGAAAAAAAAUGUGAAACCCAAAAUUAAAUAUGAAGACGAUGUUAUUAUGGAUGAUGAUGAAAUUAGUAUAAAAGAUGAAACUGCUAAAAAUACAACAAUAAUCACUAAAAAAGUUACUAGAAGAAAUGUACCUAUGAAAAAUAGGACGAAUCUUGCUAAAUUAAAAACUCAAGAUAAAAGUAAAAAUAAUGUAAGGAAUAAAACCAAGCAAAUUAAAUCAGAAUCUCAAAUUACUGUUAAAAAGAGAUCAGUUAAAAGAGUUUCCAGUGAUGAUAGUAACACGAGAAAGGUCGUAGUUAAAAGAGUUAAGAAGAAACGUGUUUAUAUUCCUACAGGGAACCCUCCAGGACCAAAACCAGGGUUUAAAUCAGAAUUAAAGCUAUUUGAAACAACUGAGCUGUCUCAAGAGGAACAAAUAGCGGAGGUACAAGCUAGAAAGGAAACUGAAAGGUUCAGAAAUGCCCUGUUUAAAUGUACCAUCUGUUACAAGGGCUUUCGAGAUGUGGAUGCUUAUAAUGGACAUUUGGACAGGCAUACUGAUAAAUACGGACCAUUCCAAUGUGCUUUAUGCCAUCUCCACUCCAAGAAUAAACACGCACUCUCCAACCACAUCGCGAACAACCACAACUACAUAUACAGAUGUAAAGAGUGCGAGUUUGUGACGAAACACAGGCAUGUGGCCUCCAACCACGAGCGCUGGCACGACGGCAAGACGUACAAGUGUCCACACUGCGACGAGCAGUUCAUGAAAAGUACCUCGGUGAUGUCGCACGUGCGUAUAAAGCACCCUUCAGACUUCGUGUGCACUCAGUGCGGUUUCUCCUUCAUCGGCGAGAGGGGACUGAACCUUCAUAUGAGCAAGAAACAUAGACUCGAGGACACGCAGAACUUAACUGGUCCGUUGUGUGAACCCUGCAACAUCCGUUUCGCGUCCGACACAGCAUACAAUCAACAUAUGGAGGUAUCCCCCAAACAUGCACCUGCCAGCAAACUCAAACCCAACUGUCCCAUACAGAAGUACGCAUGGCAUUUGAUGAAGAAGAAUAAAGAAGGUGAAAUGUCUAUCGAUUGCGAACAGUGUGGUGUGCACUUGAGCAACGCGCGCGCAUACACCGUCCACUUCCGAAAGCAUCACCCGGACAAGAAUCGAACCCAGUUCCCCAAGGCCAAGGUCAUGUGUGAGCAGUGCGGGAAAGUAUUCAAGUGCAUGACAGAGCUGAAGUACCACAUGCCGCUACAUGCAGAUAAGAAGCAGUUCACGUGCGAGAUCUGCAACAAGAGCUUUGGCCGCAUACUGAACCUCAAGAUACACCUGCGCACACACAGCGACACGCGCCCCAAGUACGAGUGCACCGUGUGCGGGAAGACUUAUCUCAACCUGUGGGGCAAGAUGCGGCACAUGCGGUCACAUCAAGACACGAGGCCCUUGUACACGUGUGAUGUGUGCGAGAAAACCUUCACGAGUCCCCAGGGGAGGGACUCACACGUGCUGCACGUGCACAACAACGUGCCCAGGCCCAAGAGGAUCCGCGGGCCUCGCUCCACGCCCAGACAACACGCGCGGUACACGAGCGACUCGCAGGACUCCUGAGACACGUCUUACGGGGCCUUCGAUACGCCCCCGAGGCCUGCGAGACCACGUAACAUGUGGGUCACAUUAUAAAAUCAUUUGUGAGACUUAGAACGCAGAACGCAAGGACUUUCUGGCCGUUGGAGCCAGAAAGUCCUUGAGUAGAGACCAAGCGUAGUGUGGGACGCCCUCCAGCACGAUGGACCGACGAUAUAAAGCGGCUGGCGGGAAGUGGCUGGAUGAGGAAGGCUGAGGACCGGGUGUGGUGGCGCUCUAUAGGGAAGGCCUAUGUCCAACAGUGGACGUCCACAGGCUGAUGAUGAUGAUAUUGAUGUUGGUGCAUAUGCACUCGUGGCAAUCUAGACCGGCGCCUUACACCUUUCCCAACAAUGUGUUUGCAACCUUAGUACUUAAUAAGUAUUUGUAAUUUGUAUAUAAAUUUACUAUAAUUAAAUUUUGAUGAGUUAUAUAAAAUAAGAUGUUUAUUAAAUCAAUGAAAUAUAGUAGGUAUAAGGAUUUGUACAUAGCUUUACUAUAAUUUUUUAAUAGGUCAUGUAUGAAAUCGAAUUCUGUUAAAAUAAAUGAAAUAAUGAAAACUUAUUUAAAUAAAAAUAGCUUUUAAUAUAAUA